CUCUCAGCUCAGGCAGCGGCGACCAACCCUAGGGUUACACAAAGCUCACUUUCCACCUAAAGCUCAUAUUUUUGUAAUUCCAUGGCUCCUAAGAAAGACAAAGCCCCUCCUCCUUCCUCCAAGCCAGCUAAGUCCGGAGGUGGCAAACAGAAGAAGAAGAAGUGGAGCAAGGGAAAGCAAAAGGAGAAGGUGAAUAACAUGGUGUUGUUUGACCAGGCUACCUAUGACAAGCUUCUCUCUGAAGCUCCUAAAUACAAGCUCAUCACUCCCUCUAUCCUCUCUGAUCGUUUGAGGAUUAAUGGGUCGCUUGCGAGGAAGGCUAUUAGGGAAUUGAUGGCGAAAGGACUGAUUAGGCUGGUGUCUGCCCAUUCAAGCCAGCAGAUUUACACAAGGGCAACAAAUACGUAGACGGUUUGUUAGAAUUUUGCGUGGCUUGUUCGAUGCAGUCUUGCCUUUCGACGUUGGGUUGA